AUGAAGGCCAUUAGGCGAUCCUUGAAAGGGGAGAAAGAUCCCAAACACCACCACAUCUCUAUUACCCCCAAAUCUGCCAUCGCGAUCCUUCCCCCGAAAAAGGUGAUUAAAGCGCUUUACGACUACACGCCCGAAGGUGCGACACAAGAAUUGGCGUUCAGCAAGGGCGACUUCUUUCACGUUAUAAGUCGCGAGGACGAUUCAGAUUGGUACGAAGCGUGCAAUCCGCUGAUUCCUAGUGCCAGGGGGCUCGUGCCCGUCUCCUUUUUUGAAGUCAUCGGCAAAAACGAGAGGGAUAGUGGGGGUUCCGGCGACUUGUCCAACCACGACUCAGGCUUCUCCGACCGUCUUCCUGACUCUCACAAAAACGGUAUAUUUAGAAUGUCUGCUCUUAAGGGCCAAGGCGCAAUGGUCUAUGGUAUCGUGCAGUAUGAUUUUCAGGCCGAGCGCCCCGAUGAACUGGAUGCGAAGGCCGGCGAGGCCAUUAUCGUCAUCGCGCAAUCCAAUCCCGAGUGGUUUGUCGCUAAGCCCAUUGGUCGCCUCGGUGGUCCAGGUUUGAUUCCGGUGUCUUUCAUCGAAUUGCGCGAUAUGCAAAGUGGUCAGGCCGUUGUUGACCCGUUGGAUGCUGUGCGACGCGCGGGGGUUCCUAAGGUGGAGGAAUGGAAGAAGAUGACGGCCGAGUAUAAGAACAGCAGUAUCACUCUCGGCAAGAUUGAAGCUGGUCAAGGUCAGGGCCAGAUGAUGGCCGUCACCUCCGGCAUGGACAAGAUGUCCAUGAGCCAAGGCCAUAAAUCUCAGUUGAGUCAGAACGGCAACGGUUAUGAGUCUAAUCGAUACGCUCAACAGGAUCACCAACGUAAUGCCAGCAGAGGAACGGUGUCCCAAGUGCCCAUGGCAAAGGGCUACCCCCUACUCGUCCCGGUUUCCGCCUAUAUCCCCCGAUACUGUUUCGACAAUGACAAGUACUGGUAUAUCAUCGAGGCAAAGAUGGAAGACGGUCGCUGCUGGGAGUUAUCGCGAUACUACCACGAUUUCUACGACUUCCAGAUCGCCCUCCUGACCCAAUUCGAGGACGAAGCCGGCAAUCGGGGCCGCGCACGAACACUCCCAUUCAUGCCCGGGCCCGUCACCCACGUCACAGACGCCAUUUCCAACGGCCGACGCCAGAACCUCGACGAAUAUAUCAAGAAACUCCUUUCCAUGCCCCAACACAUCGCCCGUUGCAGCCUCGUACGCGAACUGUUCGCACCCCGCGACGGUGACUUCGAAAUCGACCCCGCAGCCUUCGGCGAAGACGCCCGCUACUCCGGUGGCUCCCAGCAAUCCGGCAUGGAGCCCGCCCAGAGCGUAUCCCGCCAAUCCUCGCAGCAACAGAUCAACGCAUCCACCGAUCGCAUCUCGCAGCAGCGUGCGCCUACCCUUGCCCCGAACGCCAACCGCCCACCCAUGGACCGACAGCCCAGCUCCAUGACCCAGGCCUCAGGCAACUCGACCAACUCCGCCAUGAAAGUCAAGGUCUUCUUCCAAGACGACCUGAUCGCCAUCCGCAUCCCAUCCGGAGUCAGCAUGCAACACCUCAAAGACAAGCUGUGUGACCGCCUCAAGAUUCAAGAAGAGAUUCUGGUGCAGUAUCGCGAUGAAUCCUCCGGUUCCUACGUCGACCUGCAUACCGAUCAAGACUUGGAGAGCGCGAUGCAGCGAAACGUCAAGCUAACGCUGUUUGUCAGCAUUGCAUAA